GUUGUGUUCUAUUCUCCCCGGGAACUCGCUUCAUCUGCAGCUCUGCGUUUUUUUCUCAGGAACGAAACCUAGAAUUCGCCUCCGAAACCCUAGCCCUAUCCUUACCGAAAUUCAUCAAACAUGCCGGCGACGGCUGGGCGUGUGCGUAUGCCUGCGAACAACCGCGUUCACAGCAGCGCGGCUCUUCAGACCCACGGCAUCUGGCAAAGCGCCAUCGGCUACGAUCCAUACGCUCCCACAAACAACAACGAAAAGGAUGCGAAGCCCUCUGCCAAUCGAUCCUCCCUCGGAGACGGCGAGGAUGGAGGGGAGAACGCUUACGCGAGCUUCCAAGGUCUGCUCGCCCUUGCGCGGAUUACGGGAACCAACGCCGACGAUACCCGUGGCGCCUGCAAGAAGUGUGGCAGGGUCGGCCAUCUUACUUUUCAGUGUCGGAACUUCCUUAGUCUCAAGCAGGGGAGGGAGAAGGAUGAGGCGGCGGCUGAUGAAGCCGCGGCUUUAUUCCAUGAAUUGAAGAAGGGGAGCGGGAGGAAGGAAGAAGAGAGUGAAGAGGAGGAGGAGGAGGAGGAUGAGAGCUCUGAUUCAGAUUUGGAUCCGGAGAUUGAGAAGUUAAUCGCUGCUAAAUACGGAAAGAAAGGUAAGAAGGAAUCUGAGAAGAGGGGGAUGUCAAAGAUGAGGAGUGGCAAAAGAUCAAGAUUUAGUGAUGAUGAAGAAGAAGAGGAGGAGGAGGAGGAUGGGAGGAGAAAGGAGAAGAGAAGAAGGAAGGAAGAGAGGAGGUAUGAGAGUUCUGACGAUGAGGAUGAGAAGCGGGCCAGGCGUAGGAAGAGUAAAAAGGAGGGCAAGCGGCGGAGGAGCCACAAGAGGAGGCCUGUUUCUGACGACGAGUCAUAUGAUGAGUCUAAUGGUCGUCAUCACCGCAAACGGCGCAAUGAGAGGACAGUUGAUCUUUCUAGUGAUUCUGAUGGUACGGCUGCUGCUAAACAUCACAGGCGAAGAAGAGAGAAGAGAAGAGACCGGAGGAGAGCUUAUCGUAGUUCAGAUACUAAUGGUUCUGGGUCUGAUGUGGAUGAUAUGGAGAAGAAGAGCUUUGAGAGGAGGAGCCGUAGGGAUAGGAGAGAUUAACUCCUCUCACAAAUAUGGUUUGAUUGCUUUUCUGUUGAGGCAUUGGUACUCAUUGUAUGGUUGUGAUUUAUUAUGCACCUUUUGAGUUUGAUUUAACGGGAAAACUGAUACAACAUUUGGUAGAUAUGCAUCUGAGUGCUUUUCAUGGUGGUAUAUGUAUUUGUCGUUGUAUCUGAAAUGGUGAAUGAUUUUCUUGCCGGGUGACUUUGUUUAUCAUCGGCCUUCUUUGUGUUAAGCAAUUAAGUUGUAGUUUCUUCAGUUUUA